AUGGCCCCAAGCAAUCAUGCAGGUGUGCAUCUGGCUUGCACGGCCUCUCCGACGCCCCAUCACGGCUGCGAAGAAACGGCACAAAGAGACGUGGACCCUGCACAGUGCAUCCUUCCAGAAAAGGUUUCGCAGCUCCAGAUCACCCCAGAUCGCGUUAUAUCCCCCAAUACCCUUCCGCCAGAGCUGCUGCAGCUCAUCUUCGAGCACACGAUCGAUACCGUCGAUACCGCCCCCGAAGCAAAUGCCAGGCUGGUGGAAAUCACGCAUGUUUGUCGGUACUGGCGUGACGUUGCAUUGCAUACGCCCACUCUCUGGACGCACAUCGCGGUCAGCAAUCUGGACGCCGUGAAGACUUUCUUGAAGCGGUCCCAGGAUCUACCUCUGCACAGCUUCAUCCACACUACUCCGGAGGCUUUAGCAAAUCCGAAACAUGUGUUCAAUCAAGUUUUCCAGGCGUACCUUACGCAAUACGGCCGUACAUACCACUUCAAGGCCAGCGUUACGCAGUCGCACGCUUUCGACUUUGUCAUGAGGCGCAUCGCGAGCACCCGCGCGCCGCUGCUCGAAAAAGUGGACAUCGAGCGGCUCCCGCCCCGCGAGACAUUCAAUAUCCCCGCGAGCCGUCCCGCCGAAUUUGAUGGUGUGCCGCGGCUACGAUACCUAAAGCUUUUCGGCGAAUUCCUGCCUUGGCUCCCGAAAGGACCCAAUGCGUUGACGGAGAUCAACCUGGACAGCGCGCUACACGACGUCUACACGCUCGUCAGUCUUCUCGGACGCAGCCCCUUCCUGGAGCGGGUGACCAUUAGCGGCUGGUUCAACCCACGGGGCACGCGCGACGCACGCAGAGUGACCCUCACGCGCAUCAAGAGCCUACGCGUGGAAAGCUACCCCAUACGCGGCAUCGCUGCGCUGCUCCCGUCUCUCAUCCUCCCCUCUCAACACACGGAAAUCGCGGUCGGGACCCGGGAUCGCCCGUGGCCAUAUUCCUGGCGUGGGGAUAACGACUCGUUCUCGGACCUCGUCCCUGCACGCGAGUGGGCGGAUCCGCUCCGCUGGGCGGCACUGGAAGGUCUGCGGCGCAUCGAGCUCUCGUCGAGCUACCGUGAUAACAUGUUGCGUGCAUACCGCACCGGCGAUGCUGACGAUGGCGCCGCGGCAACGCUGCAGGUCAGCACUCACCACUGGAGGACGACGGACGAGCGUUUCUUCGUACGCUGGCCGUUCGACGCGUCACUCGUGGAGACCGUCACCAUAGACGGCUGGUUUACUAUACGCGGGCGGGAGCGAUGGUCGGAGAUGUUCGCCGCGGUGCCGGUCCUGCAAACGCUGCGCGUCAAGGGGAUAAACACCGAGAUGCUGGACGGCCUCAUCCUGGGGCUCGCGCCAGAUCGGCUGGACCCCGUAUGCACCCAAUUGCAGACACUCGUCUUGCAGGAUAUCACCCUGGAGAAGCCGGCGUGGAAGGCGCUGAUGGACGUCGUCGCGAGUCGAUCGCCAGGGGCGGGAGGAUGCCUGUCGCACGUUGAGCUGUCUUUGAAGGGACCUGCUGUCUGGGGGCAGUCGACGUCGCGCAGGAUCGGGGAAGCGGGAGUGGAACUCGUCCUUAGUGCGUCCGUGUAA